UCUAACACCCCUUUUAUGCCCUGUACAAAACACAAAAUCAAUUUUAUUUAAAGUGGUUUGUUAUAUCAAUCAAUAUAUACCGCACUCUUCUAAAACAUAUUAAUAUUUAAACAUUACAUAAUGUUUCAGUCGCUCUUUCCAAAUCAGACGGCGAUUUAAAAGAUUUAUGUCAAUUUCAUAAUUACACCUUGAAGAUGAUGUAAAUUUACUUUAAAGAUACGGCUUUGUGGAGUAGAAAGAGUCCUUUUUAAUGGUCGAUGUUUAUUUCUGAUACUCUCAGAAUAACCCAUUCUGCGUAAGAAUAUAGUAAAUUUGAACAAGUGAUCAAUUAGUGUGUGUCAAAUUCAAUGGCGACCGAGCGUUUAGCGUACAUUAAAGAAUAUUGGACCAAAUAUUUGCUUCCCAGCGCGGAUAAUUUAACUUUAAUGUCGAUAUAUCAUUACUCCGUUUUAAUUUUCUUAUUUUGGGUCUUUAGCUUUAUAAGUCUCUUGACAUUCGAAGCUUCGAUUAACAAGAUAAACAUGCAGUCCCAUUACUCAAAGAAACGAAAUCAACAAACCAUUGAUUAACCUAAUACGUUAUUGAUGAAAUAAGUUUUAAUAACUCCGAAUAAAAAAAAAAUAAAGUACUUACAAAAUAAGUCUUUCUAGCUUUAAACAAAGGUGACCAAUGCCCCCUAAAAGCCCACCUAGAUGAAUAAAAAAAAUGUAUGUAUGAGAUUAAGUCCGGAAAGAAACCUUCAACUUGGAUUCAAAGGGGAUUUAAUGUUCAAGUUGGAUAUGGAAUACACACUUGGUUUAGUUUUGGGGUGUUACUAAUUGACGGAAAGGAUGGGGAACGGUUAAUUAAGGAGGACUCUGAGGGUGAGAUGUCACAGCAGAGACACAGUGAUGCCAUCAAGACGCUUUGUCUGUGCUGCAGCGUCCGAGAGGAAGUGGCCACGAAGGAAGAGUCCUCCGCCUGGCAGGAUCUUAUCAAAGGAGGGACGAUCCCCACCGCGGCAUCUCUCCGUGUCCCACCGGCCCGCAUAGGACUGUCGGCGAAACCGGACCCACUGCAGGGGUUGUCAAGUCGCGAGGUGUCCGAGAGGUACAUCCUUAAGCUCCAGAAGGAACGUGAACGGACCAAUCAGGCCGUGAGUCGUAGUCUGGACAAUCUACCAAUCAAAAUUAAACAAAUGGUAAAAGAGAAAACAGACCCCGAGUUAUUAAAGGCCAGGUUUAUCAAUGAUUACAGAAAUGGAAUGUAUACUAGCAGAAGCCAGAGUUAUCAACUUGAGAUGGGAACAAAAUAUGACGCUUGUAACACAACCAAUCACCUUUUUCAAGCCAUGCCAAUAAACUCCCUGUGCAAACACACCAAAAGAAACUGUAGCAAGUGUCAUAAACAAACCAGAGGGAGAAAGCCAGCAAAGAGACAAGAAAAAGAUAACAGCGAAACCAAAACCGUGACAACGGAUACGGAAACACGGACUUCCGGUUAUGAUUCUGAUUUCGACCUCGUUUUGAAUCAGUUUGGCGAUCAACGCUUACAGAGUGAUGUAUCGAUGCUGAAUGGGUUUCCGGUGCGCCUACAGCAAGACACGGCUAGUGUUACCUCCAAGGAAUUAAAGGACUUCAAGAAUCGAUAUCAAAAAGUAUUUGAUGCGAACCGAAACGUCCAUUUCGUUCAUUCUUCAUUGAUGAAUAGUAAACGCGUCAAACGACUGAACAAAACCAACUCACGGCCUCGUCUCCGAGGUUCAUACGUACCAAACGAGGAGUAUUCUUUAGAGAUGAUGAACAUUCGCCCAGUUUAUCACGAUUCCCUUAAUAAAUACACGAGAAAAACAUCCUUGUAUCCCAUUGCGCCGCCUCAAAGUCGCAUAUCUGAAAACACUGACUACCAGACCCCUCAUUAUCACCUCUCUGACUAUUCGUAUUCUGACGCCGACGAUGAGUACGAGGAUUCGUACACACCCGAUAAAAGCUCCACUAACCAGGAUGUACCCCGGCUCAAGUUGGACGAUGAAGGAGAUUAUAUUGGUGAUGAUAAUGAUGACGAUGAAGAUGACGAUAGCAAUGACGAUUUUGAUGCUAAUGCGAGCAAUUCUCAGAUAUCAAGCUCAAGAAAUAGUAAUCAAAAAUUUAACACUGUAACAGACGAUCUGCAGCAAUCUGGGGAAAGCGCCGCGUUUGUUCCUCUAUCUAUGACUGCCUUGCAGAUGCACAACGGCGGAAAAACUGCAAACCCAAAACAAAGUACUAGAAUCCUUCCACAGAUAUGCAAUCUUACGGACAUCACCGAAAGAGAAGAGAGCAACCUCACUCGAUCCACAAAAGUGUUUAGCGAAGCUCCCUCUGACGUACGCAUGUCUAUCCGGAUUGCGUAUAAAUCAGGUGAUGACGUCAUAAGAGAACUGAGCAACAUUUCGUCGGGAGAAAUCAUGGUUCCACGCUGGUCUCGACAAGACACCAACUGUGAUGUCAUCGAAGAGGUCGUAAGGUCAAAAAGUGGGGAAUCUAAAAGCAAAGGAGAUUCCCCAACAGCUCGAGGAGUCCAAGAGGGGAUUUCUAAGGGCUUACAUACGGGUUAUAGUAAUCUGUAUCAGGAAUCCAUGCAUGAUAUCGCUGAUACGAUAAACGAAGCUCGGCGGGCCAUGGAUUUUAUAGAUCAGACUUUGGCCUCGGGAGAUAAAACUGACCCCAGAGACAGUGCCGUUACCCAGGCGAGGGGGGAUCAUGUCGAGUCCGAAAAGAUUGACCAAGAUGAGAAUGAGCUUAAGGACGACGAUGAGAGAUAUAUCAAAGAGAACCAAGGGGUUACUCCGAUUGAUGAGCAUUUGAAAAGUUUGGACAUCGAGAGCCCGCAGAUAGAAAGGACAAAAUCUCUCUCAGUUAGAGACGUGAAACCGGUAGACAUGGAUUCGACGUUAGUUGUCAAAGAGUCAGGCACUGAUUAUGGAAACAGUCGUGGGGUCGGUCAAAAAUCGACAGUUUCAAGACAAUCAAGUGAAGAAAGGGCGACGUUCUUUGUGACCAACUGCGAACGAAACACUUGAGAUUUUUCAAUCGCUCCUCUUGCUGUGUACUCAGGAAAAUGAGAAACUCUCAACCAUGCACGACAUCGAAAACAGUGAUCAAUGCUUAUGUCGUAAUCCGCUUUGUUUGUACGAAGUUAACGUCUUCGACGAUGAUAAUAUGACAGGAGAGAAGUGCGAAUAAGAGGGUCUGUGUAAACACAAUCGAGCUUUAGGUAUUGACUUCUCGCACCCUUUGAAGGAACGGGGUUUGUUUGACUACCACUUAUUUUCACCCUAUGUGUUCAUUUGUAUUGACAAUCUGUAACGCUUUUUUUAAAACGUGAAACGGAUUUUUUUCUUUCGUUGAUACAUCAUUUGUUUGUGGUGCUCGCUCUCGAUCAAAAUGUAUAAGAGUGGCUUUAUAUAAAGAAUAAUUCAUAUUGCUGUAAAGUGAAUAGACUUUUAUAGUUAGAGAUUUCAACACCUCCCGUCUUUCAACAGCAAAACUUAGAGUAAGUAAGUAAUAACUUUUUUAUGAGGACUCUUUAGAAUUCAUUUGUAUUUUUUUUCUAAUAACAAAACUGUUAUUUCAGACGUAACUAAAAAAAAUCCGAAAUUGAUUUAGAAUAAGGUACAAUCAAACUGUGCUAAAUCUUCAUACAUUUGAGAUGAGUUUUUGAAAACGUGGAUACAAAAGUAAAUUGAUGUUUUGUGUUCUCGUCUUUUUCUUCUCACAAAUAUGAAUUGUGAAAUUUAAAUUAAAUAAAUUACUACUUAUUAUUAUUAACAAUUGACGUUUCAUAUUCGUAUAAUUACUUCAGAUAUUAAGAACAAUAUUUAUCAUUAUCAGUUUCUUAAAUGUUGUUUUAACUACAUUGCAUUGUUAAACAGAAAUGAACAAAGCAAAUAAAUGUAAACUUGAAUUGUUA